AAAGACUAAGUCAUUAAAUUUAAAUUUAAAUAAUUUAAAGUAAUUUUGCAAAUUUCACUGAAAGUAUGUCUCUGCGUCAGCAGUUUGAUAAUAUAAUGCAAAAUCUCGAAGAACUGGAAAAUAUGGAUUCUUCUGAAGAUUUUUUACGGUAUGUUAGCUUAGCUAGAAGAAAUGCUCAAAUUUUUAAACGGUAUCAAAUAAAGGACGGAGAAUGUGUUCGUCUCACACAGAGACUUCUAAAGAUGCAAAGAGAAUGCGACAACCUGAAGAAAAAACAGCGUAUUCUGAGGGAGAGGUUAGACAAAGAAAAGAAGAAAACAUCCAUUACGGUUGAAGAGCGAAAUAACCUGGAGAUGGUUCUCGAAGGGAUUCAGGAUGCUGUUUUAAAUGGUGAAAAAACAAGUGGCGACCUUUUGUCUUUAAUUGAUGCAAAUAGUAUCUCCUCUGGAUCGAAUAGAGAUAGUAUUAAUUGAACAGUAUUCAAAAUUUUUCGAGAGCGCACUCCCGACUGUAUCCAAAUUUUUUGCGAUAAUAAUAUUUAUGAUACAGUUGGACCUAUGUCUUUACAGAAAAUAUGAUUUGAUUUAAGAUUCGUUGUUGAAGAGACAUUUAGAGAAUUAAUAUACAAAUAGUUAUAUAUACAAAUAUAUACAAAUUUAGAGAAUUAAUAUACAAAUUUUGACAUUUCUAAAAAAAAAAAAAAAAAAAAAAAUAAAAUCCUAUAUGUUCACUUAAACGAAGCAAUACUAUUUGUAACGCAUUCAAAACAAGUGCUUAAAUAAAAGUUUGAAAGCGAAUAAAGAGCACGAAACUAACUA